AUGUCCGUGCGCACUGGAGGUGGUACAGAGGAAGCAGGGCUUGUCCACCAGAUAUGGUUGAUCGCAUCGAUACCAGCUGGUAGCAAGAGCAUGAGCAUUGGGCUUUGGGACCGACUAAAUUUUCCGGGCCAAGCGUCCAUGCCUGGCCAGUCGGAGACCCAGGUUGAUAACCGCAGACGAGCAGAUACUUUCCAAUCGUCGUUGCAGGCCUUGGCGGAACACAUCGAUGAGCCGGCCGCAGGAACUGACCAUGGAGCAGUCGAGGUCGAGCAACCGGCAGCCCCACAUCCAGGAGCUCAUCCAGAAACGGGAUUUCCUCAGCAAACGCCUUGGGUUCAAAGAAAGCUCAAGGGAACCGUCCAGUGUGAACUUCACAAGAAGAUCACCCGCUGCAAGACGAACGAGGGAGCCGCCCAAGACUGCCGCCGGCCAGAUAUACUGUAG